AUGCCUAAAAUCAGAAAGCCAACAAAUAACAAUCGCAUUAUUAAGUCAGAUAUCGAUUCCAAGUUAAAUUUUGGCAACGAUGGCUUUAAUUAUAUUCUCAAACCGACAAUCCCUUCCACCUUAACAAUAAAUGAAAUUGUUAGUGUUAUUAAAGCACCUAACAAUAAUAAAAAGGCAAAAACUUUUCCAAAUGCUUUCAUUGCAUAUAAAAAGGCAUUAAUUAAAGAGAAUCGUAAUAGAAACAUCAAAUUACCUCCUAUGCGCCACCUUUCUAAAAUUACAUCGUGUUAUUGGGAUGAAGAACCAGAAAAUGUAAAAGAAUUUUACAAAAAGCUAUCCGAGAAAGCUAAAUCUUUGUAUAAGCUGGAGAAUCCGAUUCAAAUUUUAUUUGAUAAACAUAUGGAUGAAGUUGAAAAGGUUUCACGUGUUACAGGUGUAAAUAAUAAAGCUGACUCGAAUUAUAUCCAAGACAUUGAGGAUCCCGUUGAAAAUAUAAUUUAUACGCAAAAUUCAACAAGUGAUCUUCCGAUUGAAGAUAAUUCUGCCAGCGUUAUGAAUUUUCUCCUCGAAAACAAUUAUAUUAAUAGUUCCCAAGCGAAUUUUGUUAAUAAUAAUUUUUUCGAAGACCCGUACAUAAUGAAUCAAGUUCAUAACGAUCAAGUGUAUAUUUCAGAUUAUGUCAAUUUUACCCAAGGCAUCGAUGAUUUAACUUUUACGCAUUCGUAUCUUCCUACUGAAGAUUAUUCCUCUUGUAACCUUUUCGAUCGAGAGUAUGAAAUGGAACAUAUUUUUACCGAUUUCGCAUUGGUUGAAAAUAAUCAAGAAAGUGUUUCAACUUAUGGCACAGACUCGGAUUAUAAAUUAUAG